GAACGCGAGAACAGAAUGAUUGAAGUAUUACUUACUUAAUGGAAAUACCUUACUUAAAUAGAUACACCAGCGCAAGCGACCCGUAAUAGAAGGCAAAGUUACGAGGCAAAGCUGGCUGAUGUGAAAAGACUUUCAUUUCAACAUGCAAAAUACCGUGAAGCCAUGGCUCAGGAAAGGAAGGCAGGUCUGCUUAGGAGGACAUCUUCAUCUAAGAAACCCCUUAAGGAGAAGGUGGUACUGAUGUAUGAUGAAAUAUUUACGAAAGAUGACCCUGCCAAGACUAACCCUCGUUUCUGGGAUGAGCUCUUUUUGAUGAAGGUAAACUUGGAAUAUCUGGAGGGAAAGCUGGCAUCUCUGGAUGGAGAUGAAGUGGUGAUGAUAAAGGAAAACAUCAAUAGUCUGUUCCACCAUUGUGUACAGGCUUUAGAAGAAGAGCACCAGAUCAAAGUAGUCAAUGCUCUGCAGACUCUCUGUGCAUUGUUCAGAGGAGUACAUCAGAAAAACAAAUCAGCUACAGGUUUUGACAUUAUCAACAUGCUGGUGGGAUUUGACAAAGCUGACCUCAGAAUGAAGGACCUAAUGGAGAGCCUGGACAGUUUGUUGUGUGGGGAUGGUUCAGAGAGCCUGAAGAGCCUCUGCCUGAAGCUGCUGCUGUGUCUGGUUACUGUCACAGACAACAUCAGUCAGAAUACUAUAUUGGAAUACGUCAUGAUCAAUAGCAUAUUUGAAGCCAUUUUACAGAUUCUGUCUGAUGUGUCCAGUAGAGGGCAACAUGGGUAUGAUGCUGUGGUCCUUUUAGCUCUCUUAGUGAACUAUAGAAAGUAUGAGUCUGUGAACCCCUACAUUGUGAAGUUGUCUAUAGUGGACGACGAGUCAACUUUAGAUGGUAUGGGUAUGGUUGUCCACCAGGCUCUUACAGAAUACAAUAGGCAGUACAAAGACAAAGAGGAGGAGGACCAUGGAGGUUUUUUUUCCACACUGACCAAUAUGGUAGGCAGUAUGUUCAUUGCUGAUGCAGAGGAAAAGCUGUCAGUGCAGACAAAUGAGGCAAUCCUUCUUGCUCUGUAUGAAGCAGUUCAUCUCAACAGAAACUUCAUUACUGUUCUUGCACAAAGUCAUCCAGAAAUUGACAUGGCAGCCACCCCUGCAUCCACUCUCCCAGCCACACCUACUACACCACUAGGCACUACCCCUCCUUCUCUGGACAUGAUGCACAAUCCUGAGCUGCCAUUAGACCCCAACCUGCAGACGAGUAACCUGCUCAUCACAUUUCUCAAGUACUCCUCAAUUGUCAUGCAAGACACCAAAGAUGAACACAGACUUAACAGUGCUCGACUAUGCCUCAUCAUUCUUACCUGUAUAGCUGAGGACCAGUAUGCUGAUGCCUUUCUUCAUGAUGACAACAUGAACUUCAGAGUAAAUUUGCACAGAAUGCCAAUGAGACAUAGAAAGAAAGCUGCAGCCAAGAACAUCCCUUCACGGCCCCUGGUGUGUGCUGUCUUGGAUUUGAUGGUUGAGUUCAUAGUCACUCACAUGAUGAAGGAAUUUCCUAUGGAUCUCUACAUGAGGUGUGUACAGAUAAUUCACAAGCUGAUUUGCUAUCAAAAGAAGUGCAGGGUUAGACUACACUAUACUUGGAGAGAACUCUGGUCAGCCCUCAUUAACUUGCUGAAGUUCUUGCUGUCAAAUGAGACCACUUUGCUGGCCAAACACAAUAUCUUCCACUUGGCUCUACAGGUUGUAAACCUCUUUAACAUGUUCAUCACAUAUGGAGACACAUUCCUACCUACUCCCAGCAGUUAUGAUGAGCUGUAUUACGAGAUUGUUCGUAUGCACCAGGUCUUUGACAACCUGUAUUGCAUGGUUCUCAGAGUUUCCACCAACGUAGGCCAGUGGAAGGAGCCUGCUAGUAAAGUCACUCAUGCGCUGGUUAAUGUCAGAGCCAUCAUUAACCAUUUCAACCCCAAGAUUGAGUCCUAUGCUGCUGUGAACCACAUUUCCCAACUUUCAGAGGAUCAGGUUCUAGAAGUGGUGCGCUCCAACUACGACACACUAACCUUGAAACUACAAGAUGGUUUGGACCAGUUCGAACGAUAUUCAGAGCAGCCCAAAGAGACAGCCUUCUUCAAGGAACUGGUGCGCUCAAUCAGCCUGAAUGUGAGGAGGAAUGUGUCUCUGAACACUCUGAGUCAGGAUGUUCUGUUGAAGGAGUUUUCAUCUAUAUCGUGAGAGUGUUUAUCCACAUGAAGAUAAAAACAAACAAUUCUCUGUUUUGUUUUUUGUACUAAUGCCAUUGUCUGCCCCUGUUAUUGCUGGGAAUCACACUUGAUUUGACCCCAACAAUCUAUGUAUGUUUGCAGAUCCAAUCAUACUGAUUUAUUGUUUACUAGUAUAUUCUUUAUUCAGCAUUUAUUGCCUCUGUUUUUCUGUCAGUGUAUUAUAUAAUUGCCACAAACAAAAUUAGGUAAUGCUUUUUUUUACAGUUCUCCAAGUUCCUAGGUAGUAACUAGGUAAGUGUGAGAUGCAAACUCCAAAGUACUAGAUAAUUAUUUUGGGUAACAUGAUGGUAACUUCCAAGACAUGAAAUUAUAUCCUUGACAUGUGAUUGAUUAUAUCCUUGACAUGUGAUUGCUAAGCCUUUGUGCAUUCCUAAACAAAUGAUUAGAGACUGAGGCAACUUGAUAAAACCUAAGAGUUACUAAGCAAUUAUAAGCAUGAUGUAAUCAAUAACAAUGCACAAUAUUUAGUCAUGCAUGACAGAGCUGCUGGUUAGAAUGGGUUUUGGGACAGGCUAACAGAGUGCUCUUCAAUAAAGACAUAAUUUCUACACCCUGUUCUCCUGGCUGUCUUGAAGUACCAAGACAGUCUUGAUAAAUUACACCAAAAUGACUAACAGAUUCUAGCUAUUAAACCCUUAAAGGAUAUAGUAAAAUACUUUAUAAAUAUUUUGAGUAACAAGGUAGUAAGUACAAACUUACUUGCACUUAAUUUCACAGUAAUGUCAUGAAUUUAAAAGGACAGUAAAUCAUAAACACUUCCAAGUAUCGUGUAGUUAUGACAUAAAAUGAUAGCACGAAAUACAAAGAGAUUUUUCCGAAGGAAAUGGUAAAGGUCCAGUAAAACCAUAGUAAGAAUCAUUGAUCUCAACUCUUUGUGCUUUAUGUACCAUCUUUGUGUCAUAUAACUUUAUGUACCGUCUUUAUCCAUCAUAUCUAGUACUUUUUAUCCAAAAUAAUACGGUGAAGUACCACACAUUUAACCAGUUAAUACAUACAACUUGUUGGGUAUAUCAUUGUAAUUAGUGAGACUACCUUGGAGCUGACCAUCAUGCUACCCGAAAUAAUUACUUGGUACUUUGGAGUUUAUAUCUCACACUUACUUGGUUAAUACCUAGAACCUAAGGGACUAGAAAAGAAAGUGUUAUCCAAAAUCAAUGUAAUAGGACAGAUAAUACACCCAUGUGUUCAUGUGUACUGCUGUACUGUUUUUGCAUUUCUGUAGAUAUGGAAAAAACUAAGUAAAAU